AAUCUUCGCCGCUUAAAUUUGUGCCAAGUUGUAAACAAACUCCACGUAUCAACAACACCGGCAGUUCUAUGGACGUUUUUAACGUGAAAUAAGUCUUGAUAAGACCAAAUGAUGAUCAAAAAGUUAGUUCCAUUAGUUUGCCUACUCGGCUAUUCUGCUAUUUCAUUCGUUGUGUUUAAUAAAGUGUACGAAACGAGUCAACUGGUGAUCGAUGAAGAGUUUCACUUACGGCAAGGAGACCACUAUUGCCAUGGCCGGUUUCAAGUGUGGGAUCCCAAAAUUACAACCUUUCCUGGGCUUUAUCUGGCAUCCGCUCUUGUGUUACGACCGCUCGAAGCCUGUUCGGUGUACAACUUGCGCCUAACGUCGUUCAUAGCGGCAAUCAUUAACGUAGUGCUUAUCUACAAAUUAAGACAAAGCUUUCUAAACCAGAAAGGUUCCACCAUCAAGGUAAUGCUGGAAACGGCUUCACUGUCGUUGCUUCCGCCGUUGUAUUUCUUUUCCCAUCUGUACUACACGGAUGUGUUGUCCGUGACGGCGGUGCUACUGUUGCUGCUAGCCAGCGAACGACGACGGCACAAUUGGGCAGCCCUUUGGGGCUUUUGUGCUGUGCUGAUGCGACAAACCAACAUCGUAUGGGUUGGAUUUGUAUGCGGUUCGCGAGCCAUCGAUAUGCUGGUAACCCGUGGAAGGUUACGAGAGACACUGCUCUCACCCCGACGAGUGUUUGCCGUUGUUGCGGACAUAAUCGAUCGGUUCUGGGCGUACGCUAUCGUGAUGGUUGGCUUCAUCGCUUUUCUCGCAUUCAAUGGGUCUAUCGUGAUAGGUGAUAAAUCGGCACACGAAGCUGCUGUGCACCUUCCCCAGUUGUUUUACUUUGUCGUAUUUUUCGCGUCAUUCAGCGCUUCCCUGGUACUUCCUGCGUUAAGAACAAUCUUGAGAACGGUAUCACACAAAUGGUACGUCGGACUGGCAGUUUGUGCAGCUUUCGGGGCCAUCGUACACUACAAUACGAUCGUGCAUCCGUACCUGCUGGCCGAUAAUCGACACUACACGUUUUACCUUUGGAACCGUUUCUUUGGCCGCUGGUGGUUUGCACGUUACCUGCCAUUGCCGGUGUACGUGGUCGGCGGAUUGCUGCUGUGGAAGGCAAGCAUGCAGCAUCAAUCGUUUGGAUACAAGCUGCUCGCCACACUGGCCAUACUGGCAUCGAUAGCGCUACAACAACUGAUUGAAGUUCGGUACUUUAUUCUUCCCUUCCUUGUGCUGCGAGUGUUGCGCAAAGGAGGAAUUUCAAGAGGUGCUCUGGCGGUGGAAUUGCUGCUUAAUAUUGCUAUCAAUGUAGUAACAUUUGCGCUCUUCUUUCAAAAAGAAAUAGUGUGGAAAAACUAUUCCCAUCCUCAGCGCAUAAUGUGGUAAGUUUGGUUUCACCUUCCGUUACAAAGGCUGUGUAACUAAAAUGGCCAUAAAAGUCUGAUUCUACUAAGUCUAUGCAUAAAAUUAGCUAUAUUAAUUGGAAAGUAAAGCUAGAAAAGAAAUACUUCUUGGUAGCUCGAAUCUGCAGUAACAAAAAUGGAGUUAAAAAUUGGUAAAGUAACAUCUAAAAGUAUUGCAAAAGGUUUAAAGACAAGGAACAACGAUAUAGAAGUGUUCAGAUGGUAGACAUGCUUUCAUUCUACGCUAUCAUUAGAUGGUACUAAUCAUCAGAAAGUACUACACUGGUACCACUUCUUAUAGCCGCAAGGAAGCCUGAGCAACCCCAUUUUCAAUAGCAGCCCUCAUUUAGACGAUGAGCAAUACUUAGAAUAAACGAUAAUUAAAGAAGAUAAAUUCUUGAUCUGGCGUUUGCUACUAAACCGCAAAUGUACAAGACCGUUGCGCUUCGAAUCUACGCCUUCAAAACCAUGAUAACAGAGCUGAUUUGUACUUCUUCUUCUAAACGACCUCUUAAGGUCAUGGCCAUGGCUGCCAUCUCUUGCUUACUAGACUUAUUGAUAACUACGUAGUCCUCACUACGGAGAGACGAAUAGGAUUUGAACGCCAGUCCUCAAAGAAAACGGAUUUUUUUUUGGUGGCGAUAAUCCUUGUGGUUUUCCCCUGUCGAGCUCUACGAGAAGAAUCAAUCCCUGCUGAGCUUACAAGCCUAUAUAGUAAGUGGUAUCAGUGUAUGAAGAAUCAUUAGUUUUACCUCCAGUUGGUGCUUAGAACCAGCAACAGCAAUGAAGCUUCCUCAUAAAGGACUGGGACCCCAAAUUUUAAGCAAUAUCUUCCCAUGGCGCCGGUAUGACAAGCUUGAUCAGCCAAACUGUUGAUGAAAUACGAAAUGAUGGUGAUGAUUUGAGUGAGAAAGUUUGAGCUUGGCAAGAUUGAACAAUAAAAAGAAACUAAGCGCA